AUGGGGCUCAACAGUUCCUUUCACUGUUGUUUCGUCUCGUCUCUUCUGCCGCCGCUCCAACUGAGAUCGCUUCUCACUACGGGCAACGACCGUAAGCAUUGGCCGGCACGUAUAACUCAUACCUUCUGCAGUCUCUCAAACAGUCUGUCACUUCUUUGUACCACUGCAAAUUCCUCUGGAAGUGUUGUCGGUGCUGCCCUGGCUGUAUCUGCCGUUACAAAUGUGUUUCUAAUGGCCUCGCUUUUUCUUCCUUUUCUUCUUCACUUCGAUGUUGUGUUUCCUUUUUCUUUCAUUUUAAAAUUAUUUACUUUUUUAACAGCUCGCUUUUUUUCUUCCUUUUCUUCUUCACUUCGAUGUUGUGUUUCCUUUUUCUUUCAUUUUAAAAUUAUUUACUUUUUUAACAGCUCGCUUUUUCUUCCUUUUCUUCUUCACUUCGAUGUUCUCGCUUUUUCUUCCUUUUCUUCUUCACUUCGAUGUUGUGUUUCCUUUUUCUUUCAUUUUAAAAUUAUUUACUUUUUAACAGCUCGCUUUUUCUUCCUUUUCUUCUUCACUUCGAUGUUGUGUUUACUUUUUCUUUCACUUUUUCAGUUUUCCUUUAUUUUUCUUAUUUCCGAGGCAACUUAG